GUGGCUAGCACGAGCACAGUGGACCCUUCCUUGGUGGACACCUUCGGACGCAGGCACAGCUACCUGCGAGUCUCCCUGACGGACCGGUGCAACCUAAAAUGUCGCUACUGCAUGCCGGAAGACGGAGAGGAAGUUUUCACCCCCACACCGGGCGGCAAGGUGCUCACGGCCCAG